GCUCCGAGGUCUCCGCGUUCCCGGGGGGGUCUCCACGCUCCGGGGUCUCCGCGUUCCCGGGGGUGUCUCCGCGCUCCGAGGUCUCCGCGCUUGGGGGGGUGUCUCCGCGCUCCCGGGGGUUCUCCGCGCUCCGGGGCUCUCCGCGCUCCUGGGGGGGGGGGGAGUCUCCGCGCUCCGAGGUCUCCGCGCUCCCGGGGGUUCUCCGCGCUCCGGGGGUCUCCGCGCUCCGGGUCUCGCUCUGGGUCCCAGCUGCUUCGAGGUCUGCACGGGACGAACCCAGAGAGAAGAGACUGUGAGAGCCAGGGGAGGGGCAGAGGCAGAGGGAGAGAGAAAAUCUUAAGCAGAUUCCACUGUAAUCACAGAACCUGAAGGGGGGCUCAAUCUCAAGAUUGCGAGAUCAUGACCUGAGCCCAAGUCAAGAGUCACGUGCUAACUGACUGAGCCACCCAGGUGCCCCUCAGGUCAGCAUCUUAAGCAGGACUCCCCCUGCUUGAAGGGCGGCACUGAGAGAGAGGUGGGUGCCCUGGAUCCUGAUCGCCUCCUGCCAGGAAGACACAUGUAGCCAAAGAUGAAUGUGGGCAAAGCCAUCCCUCGCUCCCUUAGCCAUGGAAAAGCAGAGUCACGGUGAGAUGGGGAUGAUCCCAUCAGAGUCUCACUCCCACGUUAAAUUGCUGAAAAUCAACCGGGAACUUCUGGUCACUCACAUCCGCAACACCCAGUGUCUGGUGGACAACCUGCUGGAGAAUGACUACUUCUCUUCCGAAGAUGCGGAGAUCGUGGGUGCCUGCCCCACGCAGCCCGACAAGGUCCGCAAAAUUCUGGACCUGGUACAGAGCAAGGGUGAAGAAGCAUCUGAGUUCCUCCUCUACGUGCUCCAACAACUCGAAGACGCUUAUGUGGAUCUCAGGCCUUGGCUGUCGGAGAUUGGCUUCUCCCCGUCAGAGCUUAUUCAGAGCAAAGUUGUCGUCAACACCGACCCAGUAAGCAGGUACACGGAGAAGCUGCGACAGCAACUGGGCCGGGAUUCCAAGUUCGUCUUGUGCUACGCCCAGAAGGAGGAGCUGCUGCUGGAGGAGAUGUACACCGACACCAUCGCGGAGCUGGUGGGCCUCAAGGACGAGAGCCUGGGCCCUCUGGGCAGCCUGGCCUGCCUCCUGGACCGCUCCAGCGGCGUCCUCAGUGAGCAGGGCGAGACCAUCUUCAUCUGCGGCGACGCGGGCGUGGGCAAGUCCAUGCUGCUGCAGCGGCUGCAGAGCCUGUGGGCCGCGCGGCGGCUGGACGCCCAGUUCAAGUUCUUCUUCCACUUCCGCUGCCGCGUGUUCAGCUGCUUCAAGGAGGGCGACGCGCUGUGCCUGCAGGACCUGCUCUUCAAGCAUUACUGCUACCCGGAGCACGACCCCGACGAGGUGUUCGCCUUCCUGCUGCGCUGCCCGCACGCGGCCCUCUUCACCUUCGACGGCCUGGACGAGCUGCACUCGGACUUCGACCUGAGCGGCGCACCUGACACCUCCUCCCCCUGGGAGCCCGCCCACCCGCUGGUCCUGCUGGCCAACCUGCUCAGCGGGAAGCUGCUCAAGGGCGCCGCCAAGCUGCUCACGGCCCGCACGGGCGUCGAGAUCCCGCGCCAGCUCCUCCGCAAGAAGGUGCUUCUGCGCGGCUUCUCCCCCAGCCACCUGCGGGCCUACGCCCGGAGGAUGUUCCCCGACCGGGCGAUGCAGCAGCACCUGCUGGCCCAGCUGGAGGCCAACCCCAACCUCUGCAGCCUGUGCGCCGUGCCCCUCUUCUGCUGGAUCAUCUUCCGCUGUUUCCAGCACUUCCACAGCGUGUGGGACAGCACGGCGCAGCUGCCCAGCCGCACGGUGACCCUGACCGAUGUCUUCCUGCUGGUCACCGAGGUCCACCUGAACAGGACGCAGCCCACCAGCCUGGUGCAGCGGAACACGCGGAGCCAGGUGGAGACCUUCCGCGCCGGCCGGGGCACCUUGCGCUCGUUGGGGCAGGUGGCCCACGGGGGCAUGGAGAAGAGCCUCUUUGUCUUUGGCCAGGAGGAGGUGCAGGCGGCCGAGUUUCAGGAGGGGGAGCUGCAGCUGGGCUUCCUGCGGGCCGUGCCAGAGCCGGGCGUGGGCGGCGACCAGCAGUCUUACGAGUUUUUUCACAUCACCCUCCAGGCCUUCUUUACCGCCUUCUUUCUCGUGGUGGACGACCAGGUGGGCACUCAGCAGCUGCUCAGGUUCUUUCAGGAGUGGGCGCCUCCCGGGGAGGCGGGAGCAGAGUCCUGCUAUCCCCCUCUCCUCCCCUUCCAGUGCCUGAAGGGCGGUGGCCUGGCGGGGGAAGACCCCUUCAAGAACAAGGAUCACUUUCAGUUCACUAACCUCUUCCUGUGCGGCCUGUUGUCCAAGGCCAAGGAGAAACUCCUGCGGCACCUGGUGCCCCCCGCUGCCCUGCGCAGAAAGCGCAGGGCCCUGUGGGCACACCUGCUUGCCAGCCUGCGGGCCCACCUGAAGAACCUGCCCCGAACUCAGUCCGGGGGCUUCAGCCAAGUACAGGCCAUGCCCACCUUCAUCUGGAUGCUGCGCUGCAUCUACGAGACCCAGAGCGAGAAGGUGGGCCGGCUGGCGGCCAAGGGCAUCUGCGCCAACUACCUCAAGCUGACCUACUGCAACGCGUGCUCGGCCGACUGCAGCGCCCUCUCCUUCGUCCUGCACCACUUCCGCAAGCGGCUUGCCCUCGACCUGGACAACAACAAUCUCAACGACUACGGCGUGCGGGAGCUGCAGCCCUGCUUCAGCCGCCUCACCGUCCUCAGACUCAGCGUAAACCAGAUCACUGACAGUGGGGUAAAGGUGCUAUAUGAAGAGCUGACCAAAUACAAAAUUCUGACGUUCUUAGGCCUGUACAGCAACCAGAUCACGGAUGUGGGAGCCAGGUACGUCGCCAGAAUCCUGGAUGAGUGCAAAGGCCUCACACACCUGAAGCUGGGGGAGAACAAGAUAACGAGCGAAGGGGGAAAGUGCCUCGCCCUGGCCGUGAGGAACAGCAGCUCCAUCUUAGAAAUCGGGAUGUGGGGUAACAGAAUCGGUGAUGAAGGAGCAAAGGCCUUUGCAGAGGCUCUGAGGAACCACCCCAGUCUGACCAACCUCAGUCUUGCAUUCAACGGCAUCUCCACAGAAGGAGGAAAGAGCCUCGCACAGGCCCUGCAGCAGAACACCUCUCUGAGAAUAUUCUGGCUCACCAAAAAUGAACUUGAUGAUGAAGUGGCAGAGAGCUUGGCAGAGAUGUUGAAAGUCAACCAGACAUUGAAACAUUUGUGGCUUAUCCAGAACCAGAUCACAGCCAAGGGGAUUGCCCAGCUGGCGGAUGCCUUACAGAAGAACACUGGCAUAAUGGAGAUUUGCCUAAAUGGAAACUUGAUAAAGCCAGAGGAGGCCAAAGUCUUUGAAGAUGAGAAGAGGAUUAUCUGCUUCUGAGAGGCCACUUCUAUGUGGGGGGUCCGGGAGAGCCUGCUGCCUCGAUGACCCAGAUGAGCCU